AUGAGCACAACCAACAAGCGGCGCGGAGCUAGCAGUUCCAGUUGUUCUGUCCCUGGCGUGCCUGCACUGGUGAACGCGCCAACCGCCAUGUCUGCCGACCUUGCGUCGCUAUUCGAGUGUCCUGUGUGUUUCGACUAUGUUUUGCCGCCGAUCCUGCAGUGCCAGAGUGGGCACCUGGUGUGCUCCAGCUGCCGUCCCAAGUUGUCGUGCUGCCCGACUUGCCGCGGCCCCCUCGGCAACAUACGUAAUCUUGCUAUGGAGAAAGUGGCCAGCAAUGUUAUGUUCCCAUGUAAACACUCCAACACCGGCUGUACUGUCACCCUGGUGCACACUGAGAAGGCGGAGCAUGAGGAAGCCUGUGAGUUCAGGCCAUAUUCAUGCCCCUGUCCUGGUGCAUCAUGCAAGUGGCAAGGAGGCCUAGACCAAGUUAUGCCACACCUUAUGAUGUCUCACAAAAGUAUUACUACACUCCAGGGAGAAGACAUUGUGUUCCUGGCCACUGACAUCAACCUCCCUGGAGCAGUAGACUGGGUAAUGAUGCAGUCAUGUUUCAAUCAUCAUUUUAUGUUAGUCCUUGAAAAACAAGAGAAGUUUGAUGGACAUCAACAAUUCUUUGCCAUUGUGCAACUCAUAGGAUCUCGGAAGGAAGCAGAAAACUUUGCUUACAGAUUAGAGCUCAAUGGUCAUCGUAGACGACUCACUUGGGAAGCCAUGCCGCGCUCCAUCCAUGAAGGAGUGUCAUCUGCUAUUAUGAAUUCGGAUUGUCUGGUAUUUGACACAUCUCUUGCACAAUUGUUUGCGGAUAGUGGAAACCUCGGAAUAAAUGUCACAAUAUCCAUUGCCUAA